AUGAGCUCACCCAUAUCAGGACUGCUCGCCGAACUAGUGUUGCAGCGACUAGAAGAGGUAGUUUUCCAAACUAUCAAACCAAAACUAUGGCUUCGCUACGUUGAUGACACCUUUGUCAUAAAAAAGAAGUGCGAAGUCAAACGGCUUCAGCAGAGACUGAAUGACGUCUUCCCAGUCAUACAGUUUACCCGCGAAGAGACAGUUGAAGACAGCUUGCCCUUUCUGGACGUGAGGAUACAGAAGUUGAGCGAUGGUAGCCUAGCAACAAGCGCCCAUAGGAAAGGCUCUAAUUCUGAGAUUAUCCUCAACUAUGGAAGUAAUCACAUUGCAGCUCACAAAAGAAACUGCGUCCGAACCCUGUUUCACCGGCCCUACCGUUAUUGCAACAGCAACGAUCUCCUGAACAAAGAGCUUGCUCACCUGUAUCGGUUAUUCCGCUCUAACGGAUAUCCACUCAGUUUUGUAAAGAACUGCCUCAGGGACCUGACACAGUCGCAAGAUCCCACCCCCAACGGAGAGAUUUUGACACGAAAGUUCUACUCCUUGCCAUAUAUGCGUGGAACUUCUGAAAUAAUUGCCCGACAGUUCAACCGUUUGGGUAUUCCCGUUGCCCACAAACCGGCAUCUUCACUACGCGCAGCACUGUCGCGAAUGAAGGAUCCCAUCUCCAAAGAGCAACAAACGAAUGUAAUCUAUCGCAUCCCGUAUGCUAAUUGCUCUUGCGUGUAUGUUAGCCAUACGGAUCGACGUCUGGGCACCCGUAUCAAUGAAGACAAAUUAGCCAUCAGUCGGCGAGACCCCAUAUCCCUCGUCUUUGCCCAUGCAGUCGAGUACAACCACCGAUUUAAUUGGGAUAGCACUGAGGUCAUCGCCAUGGCUAACGUAAAGCGAGCGAGGGAAUUCCUCGAGGCCUGGUACUUCAAUGCGGGUAGUAACAACCGUCAUGUUGACUUAUAUGCCCAUUACGAGGGUCUACGUUCACGACUGACUGCCCCUGCCCUAAUUACGCAUCAACGACCGUGA